AUGUCCGCCGGCUGGUUCCGGCGCCGCUUCCUGCCCGGGGGUCCGCUGCCCGCGCCGCGGCCGCCCAGGCCGCGCUCCAGCCCCGUGCCCUACCGGCGGCCCCGCUUCCUGCGCGGCUCCGGCUCGGGCCCCGGCACCGCCGACGCUCCGCGCCGCCCCGACGUCCGGCCCGUGCGCAGUCCAGCGCGGGGCCGCGCACUGCCUUGGAACGCAGGCUACGCCGAGAUCAUCAAUGCGGAGAAAUCUGAGUUCAAUGAGGAUCAGGCAGCCUGUGGGCAGCUGUGCAUCCGGAGAUGUGAGUUUGGGGCUGAAGAGGACCAGGAGUGGCUGACCUCGUGCCCAGAGGAGUUCCUGACAGGUCAUUACUGGGCACUCUUUGAUGGGCAUGGUGGGCCAGCUGCAGCCAUCCUGGCUGCCAACACCCUGCACUCCUGCCUCCGCCGGCAGCUGGAGGCCGUGGUAGAGGGCAUGGUGGCCACUCAGCCCCCCAUGCACCUCAGCGGCCACAGCAUCUGUCCCAGUGAUCCCCAGUUUGUGGAAGAGAAGGGCAUUAGGGCGGAAGAUUUGGUGAUCGGGGCUCUGGAGAGUGCCUUCCAGGAAUGUGAUGAGGUGAUCGGGCGGGAGCUGGAGGCCUCAGGCCAGGUGGGCGGCUGCACAGCCCUGGUGGCUGUGUCCCUGCAGGGAAAGCUGUAUGUGGCCAAUGCCGGGGAUAGCAGGGCCAUAUUGGUACGGAAAGAUGAGGUUCGGCCCCUGAGCUCUGAGUUCACCCCGGAGACUGAGCGGCAGCGGAUUCAGCAGCUGGCCUUUGUCUACCCUGAGCUUCUGGCUGGUGAGUUCACCCGACUGGAGUUCCCUCGGCGACUGAAGGGGGAUGACUUAGGGCAGAAGGUUUUGUUCCGGGAUCACCACAUGAGAGGCUGGAGCUACAAGUGUGUGGAGAAGUCGGAUCUCAAGUACCCACUGAUCCAUGGGCAGGGUAGACAGGCUCGAUUACUGGGAACACUGGCCGUCUCCCGGGGCCUGGGAGACCAUCAGCUCAAAGUCCUGGACACAAACAUUCAGCUCAAGCCCUUCUUGCUCUCUGUCCCACAGGUGACUGUCCUGGAUGUGGACCAGCUGGAGCUGCAGGAGGAGGAUGUGGUUGUCAUGGCAACUGAUGGGCUCUGGGAUGUCCUAUCCAAUGAGCAGGUGGCACGGCUAGUGCGGAGCUUCCUCCCUGGCAACCGAGAGGACCCACACAGGUUCUCGGAGCUGGCCCAAAUGCUGAUACAUAGCACACAGGGAAAGGACGACGGUCUCACAGAGGAAGGGCAGGUGUCCUACGAUGACAUCUCUGUGUUCGUGAUUCCCUUGCACAGCCAGGGCCAAAGGAGCAGUGGCCACUGAGGAUUCAGACGCCACAUCCCAGAACCACUCCAGGGCCGGGUGUAGCCUGGGCGUCCCUCCACCAUGGUCCACAGCAGGCCUACCUGCCCUGCCGCCAGACACAAUGGGUUGACACCCCCCA